AUGAAGCUCACAUUAUUAUCGGCAUUAGCUUUGACAGCUGCAGUGACAAAUGCCCGCUUCGUAGAGCAACACGAAACCGACCAGGUCGUCCUGAACAUCGAAUCCGCCGAUAACGACCAGUAUCUGGUUGAGCUUGCUCCUGGAAAGACACAAUGGGUGACUGAGGAGGGGAAGUGGGAGUUGAGACGAAAUGGUCAAAACUUCAUCGACAUCACCGAAUACCCCAGCCUCGGCCCCAUGAACCUCAAGAAAGACCCCAAGUUCCCCAAGAAGCCAGUCCUCCAAGAUGAACUCUCCCCCUUGAUAAAGAACCUUUCCAAAUCAAACAUGCAAGAGAACCUCGAAAAGUUUUCCUCCUUCCACACCCGAUACUACAAGUCCGACUACGGCAGGCAGUCAUCGGAAUGGCUCUUGAAGCGAGUACAGGAGAUUAUCAAGGAUGCAGGAGCAGACAAAUACGGCGUGGAAGCUAAACAUUUCGCUCACCCAUGGGGCCAAAACAGCAUCAUCGCCACGAUUCCCGGCAAGAAGAACUCCACCGUCGUAGUAGGAGCACAUCAAGACAGCAUCAACCUCUUCCUACCCUCCAUCUUCUCGGCACCGGGUGCAGAUGACGAUGGAAGUGGAACUGUGACAAUUUUUGAAGCUCUUCGCGUGCUCCUUACAUCCGAAGAUAUCAUCAAAGGAAAAGGUGAGAAUACCGUUGAGUUCCAUUGGUAUUCCGCCGAAGAAGGAGGUCUAUUAGGCAGCCAAGCUAUUUUCUCGGAAUACGAGAAGACGGGUCGGGAUAUCAAGGCGAUGUUGCAGCAGGAUAUGACUGGAUAUGUGCAGGGGACGUUGGAUGCAGGAAAGAAGGAGAGCGUGGGAGUCAUUACUGAUUUUGUCGAUCCUGCUCUUACCACUUUUAUCAAGACUGUUAUCACUGAGUACUGCGACAUUCCAUACACCGAGACAAAGUGUGGUUACGCUUGCUCUGAUCAUGCAUCUGCUUCUAAGGCUGGAUACCCCUCGGCAUUUGUGAUUGAGUCUGAUUUUGCGAAUUCGGAUAAGAAGAUUCAUACUUCGGAUGAUAAGAUUGAGUAUUUGAGCUUUGAUCACAUGUUGCAGCAUGCAAAGUUGACGCUGGGCUUGGUAUAUGAAUUGGCUUUUGCCAAGCUAUAA